AUGAUGUAUAACAACAGCACAGAAACUGGUGACAUAACACAAACGUUUGUCUCAAACUCGAUACUAAUCAAUAAUCAGAGUACGACAGUCACCAACGCUAAUCAGAUAGCUCGACAAAUAGAAUCUGCCUAUGGUUUCCCAGCAGGCUCGGUAAGAAUCACUAAUAUUGUGAUUAAUGGUAUUAGAACAAAUGCUGGUAGUGGUCGUCGUCGCCGUCGUGAACGUCACAGAAAAAAACGGCAACUAUCUAGUUGUGAUCAGUUCAUAUCUACUCGAUCAUUUGCACAAAUCACAAUGCGUAUAACCUACCCAAGAAGGUGUGGAUUAUCACCGUCCUGCAAACAAACAUUUGUCAAUGAUACUCAAACUCUUUUUAAUACAUAUGCUUCAAUUGCAGUUCCAAAUCUUAUUCAAUCCACAGUUCUAAUCAGUUCACAUAAUGAAAUAUUUAAUGAGCUAUUUCUAUUUUCCACGGUGGAGUCUAAUACCGUAUCAAUCCAAAACAUUGAUCAUUAUGUCAUAUCAACAAAUGAAAUAGCUAAAAUAAAUGAUCAAAUUCUUCCAUCAAUAGAACAACGAGAAUUGAUAUGUUAUGUUGAUGGUAGUUAUUCUCAUCGUAUGCAAAUCGGUCAUUCAGGUUUUCGAGCUUCAGAUGGUUCAAGUACAGUUCAUUCUUAUUUUCCUCAACGUCCAAGAAGAGGUAGUACCGAAAGUGAAGUAUUUGCUGCUGGUCUUGCUAUUCAACAUGCUUUUGAAAAUUGUUAUAAUACAUUGAUCAUUUAUACAGAUAAUUCUAAAGUCGAACAACUUCUUUGUCGUCCUAAAGAUAAAGAUAGUUGUGAUUAUCCUGUUUUUUAUCAGACUUUAUGUCAAUAUCAACAACAAAAGAAGAAUAAUAAUAUUCGAGUAGAACGAAUUCGUGGACAUCCAACACGUUAUGAACAAAGUCAAUCUGACAUAAAACGUGAAUUUGCUAAAAUUGAUCGACUUGUUCGUAAAAAAAAUCAACGAUAUAUUCAACGACAACGAAUUAAAUAUCCAAGAUAUUAUCCAUCUUACUAUUCAUACAAUACUUUUACCUAUUAUAGAUGGGAAGUAUAUCAAUGCUUAGUUUAUUUUUAA